CACCGCCAUGGAACUUGUGAAGAAGACUGAUGACCAAGGAAAUACCAUCAUAUUCAAGCGUUACCAUGGUCGAGCCUUCCAUAAAGAAAUUCCUGGUAAUAUUGGUGAUCAACUGGAGAAAGUGGCGUCUUUACGGUGUAAGCCUGAUGAUGUCUUACUGUGUACAUUUCCUAGAUCAGGUACUCACUGGGUGUUCAACAUGACCAGAAUGAUACAGAUGAAAACUCUGCAAUACACAUCUAAUCCGGUGAUGGUUGAAUUUGAAGAUGUUGGGAGACUCGAUAAUGUAAAGUCCCCAAGGUUGUUCCACACACAUCUUACUUACCCCUUCAUCCCUAAAGCGGCCAAGGGCGGACAACUGAAACUUAUUUACGUGCUCCGCAAUCCAAAGGACAUCGCGUGCUCAUACUACAAAUACAUGAGUCGAAUUAAAAGCACGAGCUACAUUGGCAACUUCGACGGAUUUCUUAAAGCCUUCCUAACUGAAGAAACAAUAUCGUGUGGCGGAUCCUGGUUUACACAUACGAGGGAAUGGAACUCCGCCAUUUGUGAGAAUCGGGAUUUGAAGAUUCUGAUACUCAGAUACGAAUGUCUGACCAAGAACCUGUAUCCGAAUCUUGUGAAAAUAGCAAACUUUUUGGAGGUCGAUCAGGACGAAACGUUCCUAAGGAAUGUGGAACGUACUGUGUCUUUUGAAAACCUAAAGCAGGAACACGCAACAAAAGCAGGCGAAAAUGAAUUAUGGGAACAUCUUGGCGAUAAAGGAAGGUUGCCAAUUUACAACAAAGGCAUCGUUGGUAAUUGGAAGAAUGAGUUCACUGUGGCCCAAAAUGAAGCGUUUGAUGUCGUAUACAAGGAAAAGAUGUGUGACAUAGGCGUCAACCUUGAAUUCGACUACGAGUGAAUAUAGAUACGUAUUUGGCGCAAUGACAAACUAAUUUGCACGAUAUUGGCUGUUCGCCAGUUGAACAUUCUAGGGAUUCGUGCAGAUUUAGUUUUGCUUAAGGUGAUGCCAAAAUAACUUUUAAGACAUGAUGUAGACACACGUUCUACUUAAUGCAUAUAAUAGGCAUUUUAAAUGCAAAUCCAACUGUAUUCUUCAGCUGUUUCAUCCGUGUAGGAUAUUAAUGACGUAUCGUAAUAUGUUAAAAUCUACAUCAGCUGUGAUGUAAUGAGAUGCUGUAGAAUACUCAUAUUACGGAAGCAUAUGUUAUAAUUUACGUACGUACACUGAACACAUUGUCUUAUAAUAGUAGUAUACUGGAAGUAAUGACGUUGCUUGGUGAUCGGAUAUCACAUUUCUAAAUGGUGACCGUAUAUGAUAGAAUGAUUGAAAUGCAUAUAAACCACGCUCUGUAUGUUACUGAAAAUCUUACUUUUACAGAGUACAUUUUGACAUCUUCAUAUCGCCAAGAUGGAUGUGUCCUGAAAAAAUACAUUUAUUAUCUGAUGAAUACAAACAUAAAAAUAGCGACUUAAAUGACUAGUAAACGUUAUUAUACAUCACAAUUAUUAUGUAUGACUAUAAAAUCAACAGACACGCUAAUCAGAAGUACAAGACCAUGUCUUUAAUGACCUGCUCGUGCAAUAGGCAAUUUGGCGAUGUCAAAAUCAAUUGAUCAAAUACCACCAACUUACAAUUUGUACCAUCAACAUACAAUUUGUACCAUCAACAUCCCCAUAUCAAAUUGUCCCCCAAUUGAGACUUAGGAAUUUCAAUAUUCAUCAUUUGUCGAUAUCACAAGCGAAACAUCACUUCCGGUAUAAUGUCUACUCUGUUACAGGUAAACUCAUGAUGUUACUUUCGCAAUGACAGUACAUCAGCAAUGUUAAAACUGUCAAUACAAUCCUUGUUAAUUGAUGAAAUGUUAUUACCAGUAAAACGUUUUGAUAUUUAAUUCUUUAUUUUACUUUGAACCCGAAGUUCUCCCAAAAGACCUUAUAACUAGACAUACUUCGAUUAUUGUUUGUCGGAAAGCAAUGUUUGCACUUUUUACAAAAUGCAAUCACAAUAAAUUAAAUAUUGAAACUAUGCUCAUCUUUUCGAUACAUACAUGUAUGUUGGAAGUAUUUUAAGCUAUGGUUGCGAGAUAUGGGGAUCGUCAAAGGCGAAAUUGAUAAGGUCCCCACCCUUUUACUUAAUGUAAAAAAAAAUCAACCUCAAAUGCAGUAAUAUAUAUUUUGAACUAGGUCGUUUUCCACUUCAAUUCCACAGGAUAGUCAGGAUAAUCAAGUACCGGUUUAAAUGAAUUACUACACGAAAUUGUAUUUUAAUUCGUGCAUAUGGAUUUUUAAGAAAUAAUAA